CAUGUGACAACGGUCAGCGCUGUCAUUGGUCUCUGACAGCUCUUACCGUCUCAUGACCACCCCCACGUUUCCACGACAACCAGCCUGACAGGGAGAGCGUAGCUAUGAAGAUGUGGAGAUAAACGAUGCACGUCUUUGCGAAGUUUCUUUGCUUUAACGCGAAAUUGCGUAGCUGUUCUUUUAAAGUUUUUCUUACGGACCCGUUUGCUAAAAAGCCCGUAAUGUCACUAUUUGUGUCUGGAGGACAGCUAUGCAUUUAUAAAAUCAUCAGCUCAAACGUAAAGGAGACUGCGAAUCUCUGCAACGGACCAGGAUUGGCUUGUUAGUUGUUAAGCCACAAUAUAACACCCGGCUCACGUCACGACGGAAGCCCAGUGGCUUAAACAUGUGGAGAACUUCCUUUAUUUGGUUCGGCCCGAUGUCCAGCAGUGUUCACACCACAGGGUCAAGAAGCUGUCUCAGGCAGGCAUGCUGUUUUUUGCUGCACUUUUCAUUUUUAGCCAGGUUUCACAUGUUGAGUCUACAGACGUCACCUACUGGGCAGAGGUCAUGAUUGAGGGGAACAAAACCUUAAAUGUUGCAAGUCUUCUUCCAGAUUUAAUAGGAGUUCUUGACCCAACAUCAGGUGUGACUAUCAUAAAUGCAGAAAUAGCAGCAGAAUGUGAAAUAAUUGGCCGAAAUACAACAUGCUGGUGUGGAACGGGCUACGUUUGGAGCAACAAUGUUUGUGACAAUGUAAACGCAUGCUGCAAUGCGGCCGUUUGUGUGGCAAACAUAUCAGACUUCACUCCUCUGUGCCUUCCCAAAGUAAAUGUUUCUCUCAUUGGCACAAUGACUGGUAGUGCUUCCACUUUGCCUCUUAACAUUGAGCCUGCUUUCCGUGUGCUUAAUGCCUUCAAUGCGUUUAACGGAACUGGCAGCGUUCUCACAGGAUUGAAUACCUACCAGCACAAUUUCACAGUGACUCUGUUUUCGGUGUUUUCCACUGCCAAAGUGCAAGGCAUAGUCAGUACACUGCUAACUAAUGCGACCUUUUAUUCUCUCAACCUUAAGACACUAGGAAUGGUUUACAUCGAAGCACCCGAAGAAAAGUUGUGCUAUAACGCGAGACAGCAACUGAACUGUACCUGUAUAGAACAAAUGGACUCAUGUAUGUGGCAAAUGACCAGGGAUAGUGAAAGUCCAAUGACCCUGGGACCAGGAAGCCAAGUCAUGCUAUCAGAUGUAUGUACCACCACUUCAACAGUCACACUUCUAUCGACAAAUGGAUUUUGGUCAGGAACGUACAGUUGCCUUUUCACCACUAAAAACAUAGCUCACAUGGCCAUGGCACCCAUUUCCAUCGCACUGUUGCCAGAAGUUAUUAACGUGACGGCUACCGCACCAACAGCAGACUGCACUUCGACCCCAACCGCCACUGUUGUCCUUAACUGCACGAUUGAGACAAGCAUAGAAACAUAUACAGCUAAACUAAAAAUUGGAGCUGAGGAACAAGUACCAACUACACAAGUGAGCAAUGGCAUCAUCAUGUACACCGCAUCAUUCAGUAUCGAUUGCGCAGCGGCUACUAAACCACGUUCAUACGAUGCUUCCUGUACAUUAGAGAACACGCGGAGUCAGCUACGCAAUCGCACGAUAAAAUUACCAGUAAUAUACCCUGGUGACGGGUUUUGCGCCCAGGAAGUGAUUGCAGACAGAACGUGGCCGAAAACGAAGGAUAAUGAAACGGCAACUCUAUUUUGUACUGAAGUAGGAAAGCAGGGCAUGUAUACACGCAAGUGCAAUGGAAAUACGUGGGCGGAAGAAAUCUCCUUGUGUGUCAAAGCAGUCUUGAACACAAUCACCUCGCAAGCGUCGGAUUUUGAAAAAGGACUUGGGGCGACCCAAGAAAUCGCCUCCUAUAUCUUUGAGAGUUUGAGAAACAACACUGCGGAAGAGGGCGGAAACGGUAUCGGUGACGUCCAGGCUGCCGUAUCUGUUUUCAAAACUAUGAAAAGUGCAUCAGCAAACAUGCCGCUGGGCGAGAACCUUGUGGAAAAUUUCCUCGAGUCAGCCAGCAGUAUGUUGAAUAUAAGCUGGGAUGUAGGAGACCCACAGGUGACCAACAGCCUGGCCACUCAAUAUCUGGCAUCCGUGGAAAAUCUCAUGUACAGCAUCCGGAUCAAUAACAGCAAUGGUUACAAUUCUUCCAACAUUCAGCUAGGAAUUUGCAAAGCUGGCUCGUCUUGCAACCAAAGCGUUUUCAACGUGGAAGUCGGCCUGAACGCCACUGCAGAUUUGGUAAAAACCAUGGGAAUACAGAACUUGGCGGAGCGCAUGCCAAAAGUGGGCUUUGAAAAUGCGUUGUUUCCUAGCAUAGUCGUGUCCACCACCGCUGAGAACAGGAGUUCGUCGGCAGUAAACAUCAAAAUGGCUUUCCAAACCGAGGAGUCUGGUGAUAUGCAUUGCGUGUUCUGGAACGUCACAGAGGAGAGAUGGUCGUCCGACGGCUGCGAGUACGUGAAAAGUGCCACAGGAACCGCCUACUGCGAAUGCAACCAUCUCACCUCAUUCGCCAUGCUCAUGUCCAAGUUUGCCGUCAGCUUGCCUUUUAUGGAUCAGCUCACUUACAUCGGACUGGGGGUUUCAAUCUGCUCUCUGAUCGUCUACAUCAUUAUCGAGGCUUUGGUCUGGAAGACCGUGGUCAAGUCCAGCUUGUCCCAUUUCCGGCACACGGCCCUCAUCAACAUCUCCAUGUGUCUGCUCUUGGCCGACAUCUGCUUCCUGGCUUCCGCUUUCCCAUCCAUUUUGAGUGAAACCGCAUGUCUUAUUUUGGUGGUGGCGAAGCAUUACUUCUUCCUGGCCAUGUUCUUCUGGAUGCUUUCUCUCAGCAUCAUGUUGGCCUACCAGCUCAUUUUUGUGUUCAGCCACAUUUCGAAAAAGGUGUACAUGAUCAUAGGAUACACGCUCGGCUACGUCUGUCCGACGUUGACUGUGGCGGCUACGUACGUGUACUACGAUCAGACCAAACAGGUCGAAUACUUCAGCACGAAGACCUGCUGGCUUACCUAUCAGUCAGCAAUGGUUGGAUCCAUCUACGCGUUCCUCUUUCCAGUUGGGUUCAUUGUGUUCGCAAACAUGUGUUCCAUGGUGGUGGUCAUCGCGACGGUCUUAAAGCCGUCUGGAGCGGAAGCCGACAAAAAGGCGGACAAAGAGGCAGCGAAAGCCGUAAUCAAAGUCGUUCUCUUCCUCACACCCGUUUUUGGAGGAACUUGGGUUCUGGGAUUCCUGGUUUUCAUAAUGGACGACUUCACACAGUUUACUACCAUCCUCGUUCAGUAUGCCUUCACUAUAGUCAACUCCCUUCAGGGUUUCUUCAUCUUGUUGACGGGAUGUUUUGCAGAGAAGAGGGUCCGAGAUGAAAUAUUGAGAAUAAUUAUGGGGAAACCAGCCAAAGAUGGAAAAUAAAUGAUCUGUACAAGGAAAACACAGACACAAGUACGAGCAUGUAAAACAAUGAAGGACAUGGAUAGACCUCAAAAGCUACAGCGGCAGCAGAGGCAACAAAAAUAGGGGAGGGGAGAGUUUGAUGAAGAUCCAAAAGGACUUUUGUACUUUCAAAGGCCUAAAAUCUGUGGCAGAAAGAAUAGGCUGCGGUCGUCCCUUUAACAUACUUAAAUUUUAGGAACAAAGAGUGAGAAACAGAGACAAAUAUAUAUUUAUCCAAGUGCACUAAUUUAUAAUAGUUGUUUGUAUAUUUUAAAAGAACAAUGAAAGAGCUAUUGUACAUAUCUGCAAUUUAUCUGUGGUGUUUCUACGCUUGUUUAUUUAAAAUAACAUCUCAUGGCGAUUGUCUUUUGCUCUUAAAUGCAAUGUAAAAAUUGUGUUGUUCUUAUCUCAUAUCAAUGUGAUCUGCCUCAGUUGUAAUAACAAUGACCACUAUACCACUAUGUUUUACUAUUUUAGCUCUGCUUCAAUUUCUAUGUGCUGUUUUACCAUUUAAAUAAUAGUUUUGUCACUUUUGGCAAAAUAUAUUGUACAUUUAAACCAUUUCAUUUAACAUGUCUAAGCGCUCAUAAAUAUGGAUAUAUUUUUCAAAUGACUGAUAGGUAGAUAUAGAGAUAUGUAUUGUAUACAUUCCAUAUAGAAAGCUAGGGUGAAUUAGCACAUUCAAAACCAUACAGUACAAAGAGCAGACCACAUGUAAUACAAUAAAUACAGAAAAAUGCUUCUUUAACACUGUAAACUAAACACUGUUUAUACAAAAAUAACUGAUGGUUGUGACUAAUAGUUAGGAUUGCAAAAAUAUCAAGGGAGCUUAAAUAAUUUUGCUCAUAAGUUUUGCUUCUUCUUUUUGU